UCAUAAAAAAUGAUAGACUCUCGCUUCAAAAUAUUAUCAUUGAUGAUUUUAUAUUUUAUUUUUUUAACUUAUAAAGAUAUAUUUAUGAAAAAUUCAGAAAAGGUAACUAUAGAUAAAAUUGAGGUUAUUAAAAUGGAAUCUGGUUACAAUACUAUCAAAUUUCAAUACUGUUUCUCGUGAGGCUACAAGAAAACAUAUGAACAAUAUCGUCAUUAUAUACAUGAAAAUUAUCCAUUUUUACACAUAGAAGCUAUGCCUAAUUUUUAUACUUGGAUGCUUAGCAAUAAAUCAUAUGCUUCAUUGAUGAUAUUUUUUAUAUCAAAUGCAAUUGAAAGUCAACUUUUAUCCACAGGUGCAUUUGAGAUAAAACUGAAUGAUGUACCUUUGUGGUCUAAAAUUGAAAGUGGAAGAGUGCCUGCUAUACAAGAAUUAUUCCAAAUAUUGGAUAAUCAGAUGAGACUUAUUAAUCUUAAAAGACCUAAUAUACAUUAAUUUAUUUAAUAAUUGUCAAACUUAUGAAAAUUUUUAUUGAAACUGGUAUUUUAACCAGAGAUUUAAAUUGGAAAAAAUGACAAUGUUUAUGAUGUUUUGUCUUCAACUAAAUAUAAUGUAAAUAAUAUUUAAAUUUGAUGGAUAUUAUUAAUAUAUUAUAUCAUAUAUUUAAAUGUCUUAUAAUGCUAAGUUCAUACUGUUAAAUCUAUAUCAUUAAGGCCAUACGAUGGUGCCAAUGAGGCCACAAUUCUAAGGUAGAAACCUUUAGGUAAUUUUUGGGGGUGGCAAAAAAUUUUAAUUUUUUUAUAAUAUCAAAAAUAUAUAAA